AUGUCCACCGUGAGCUUGGAGGUUGCGUCAAUGGAUGCUACUAAGUUUCAACACACACCUUAUUACUGUGAAGAGAACGUGUAUCUACUCUGCAAGACGUUGUGUGAGAACGGUGUAGCGGAUACGUCGGGUUCCGAUCUGUUUGUUGUUUUCAUCUCGAAUGAGAAGAAGCAGGUUCCACUUUGGCAUCAGAAAGCUAGUAGCAGAGCUGAUGGGAUUGUACUGUGGGAUUAUCAUGUCAUCUGUGUCCAGAGGAAGAAAGAAAGUGAUUCUGAGCCUUUGGUGUGGGAUCUUGAUUCAACUUUGCCUUUCCCUUCACCCUUAACUUCAUAUGUGACUGAAACUAUCCAGCCAUCUUUUCAGCUUUUCGCAGAGUACCAGAGGUUCUUCCGCAUUGUGCAUGCUCCUCUCUUCUUUAGUCACUUUGCUUCUGAUAGAAGACACAUGAAAGAACCUGACGGAAGCUGGACCGCUCAACCUCCACCCUAUGAGCCCAUUGUUGCUCAAGACGGAAUCUUGCACAAUCUGAGCGAGUACAUUGCCAUGAGCGGUGCGGAUACACUGUCGACAAUGGAUCCUGACACGGUGAGAGCAGCAAUUUCCCAGAAACUUGGUGUUGUGGUGAGCCAUACUCAGCUUGAGGAGCUCUUCACCAAGCUUCCUUAA